GUAUCUUCUGCAUCUUCAUCAUUCAGUUCAAUCCUUCUAUUGAUCAUCCUCAACAUGAAAUAUAUUAUCUCCGCUUUAUGCUGCAUCGCAGUAGCCGUGGCCGAUAGGCUAGACAAUGUCUAUCUCCCCCCCACCAAUUCCAGGACUGCCGGAGGAACCGGAAAUAUUCUAAAGACUCCCUUUAAUCAAGGUUCGUUGUUGCCCGGACGCCAGUUCUUUUCCGGAAACUCGGAAGCUCCCCAGACCGGAAAUACUUACGGAGCACCACAACCAUCUUCGAUUAAAAGUUUCUCAGCCGGUCCAACUCAACCUCCUGCAGCCAUUUUGAGAUUCAACAAUGAUAAUAAUGGGGAAGGAGCAUACCAAUUCGACUUCGAAACCGAGAACAAAAUCUACCAACAAGAAUCUGGACAACUGAAGAACGCAGGAACAGACCAAGAGAGCAAUGCUGUUCAAGGAUCCUACUCUUACGUUGGCCAGGAUGGUCAAACCUACACCGUCAACUACGUAGCUGAUGAGGAAGGUUUCAGAGCAACCGGUGAUCAUCUUCCUGUUGCUCCUGAAAUUCCUGCUGAGAUACAGAAGGCUCUUGAACAGAACGCUGCUGAUGAAGCUAGAGGUAUCGUUGAUGAUGGUCAAUACAGGCCAGAUCCUUCUGAGGGAAUCAACAGGCAGUAUUCUUCAUCGAAUGUCCAAGGAGGUUACCAGCAGCAAGGAGGUUACCAGCAACAACAACAACAGCAAGCUGGUUACAAAUACUGAUUUGCCUGAUGAAUUUUGAUGAUUGUACAUUUGUUCUUGUAAAUAGUUAUGUAUGCCGAAUGUUGUCAAUAAAUUAGAGUUAUUUAUAAAAAUA